AUGGACAAUGUAAUUGGUUCAUUGUUAUCAAGGUUUGGUGCAAUUUUAGGAAAAUUUUUUGGUCAUCCAUUUGAUUUUUUAGCUGGAAAAUCCUGCAGCAAAGUAUGCGGUCCAACAUGGGAUUUGUCGUGUUACAUAGAGAACUUUUGCAUUUCUCAUUUGCUCAAACUGGCUAUGCUCUCAAUUCUGUCAUACUUUGCUCUCUUGUUCUUGUAUUUGCAAUACAAGUUGGGCAUAUAUGGGUGCAUUUGUCACAUGCUUUGUAGAUCCACAUGGACAUGUUUGUAUACUUGUUUUUCAGUUUUAGAUUGUUGUUGCAAUUUUUUAUGCUUCAAACAAAAAAAGACAAGAAGUAGAAGACAUCAAAUUAUAAGAGAUAUUGAAGAAGAAGGUGAAUUAUAUCAAAGAAAAAAUGAGUGGAGAAAAAGGUCAAAAAGGGAUCAAAGGAAAGAACAUUUCAGAAGGUUUUUGAGGGCAAAGAGUCAUAAGAAGCAUAGACAACACAUAAGAUAA